UCGCGAUGUUCUUCGUUCGUACAUACACCGCUCGCAUUCGUGUGAUCGCUCUCGUAUUUUCGCUUGUAAAACUACGCGAAACGAAUGUCAACGAAUCCCUUAUCUAUGCUUAAUACAGCAUCACGCCGAUGAAAUCGUCCCUGAAUUAUGCCGGUGGGUGGUAUUUAUCAAGGAUACAGGUAGAAGUAGCAUCUAUUAUCACGCAGUAAAGUAAAAAAGAAUCGUUAAGUAUAUGAAAAAUUUCGCGGAAUCUUGAAGAUGAUGGACGGACCCGGAUUAGGAUACUCGUAUCACCUUCCAUCCGCUGGUUGGAAUCUCAAGGUCAGGAACGCACUGUCACAGUUCAGUGACCUCUUUAGCGAAUUUAACAAGUACAUCGCGCCUGCUUAUCAUCAUGAUCGCUGCGAGAGAUCCGUGCAGAUGCGAUUGUAUUCGAUGCACAAGAGGGAAUUUGUUAUGGUAUUCGUUGCCUUUUUUGCGUGUUUUGGAUUAUCGGUGUUUAUCGGCCUCGCCGGACCGCCUAUAACGUCGACCAGUGAACACAAAGAGCAUCUGAACGGCAGCGAGAUGGCCACUGGUCCAUUCAUUAUGAAGACACCUCUAUUGUCUACGUAUAGCCAGCAAUUAUGGGUAAUCGCCAAGCUAUCGACAUCGAAUAAUGAUGACGAGAGAUAUGAUAAAGGUUUCCAAGUUAGCGUCUCCAUAGACGGUGUAACUGCUGAUCGCAAGCUCGUAUCUGUGCUACCUCCGGAAGCUGGACAUAAUCGAACCAGACAUUUAAAGUGCGAGAGACAAUCCUGCGAGGAGCUGGUCGUCGCUCAUCUCGGAUUCCUCGAUUAUAGCUACUACGUAAUCACCGUCCGCUUCCAUGGACUCGAGAGCUUCCACCACCGAUACACGAUACGAGAACUCACAUUCUACUUUAAGAACUACAAUCCGGCGUUCACGCAGAUCGAGAUCUGGUUCCGAUUGAUCUUCUUGCUGACCACGUUCGGAGUAAUGUGCUGGUUCGGUCAUUCGCUUAGAAAGUAUCCGCUGCACGAUUGGUCGAUAGAGCAAAAGUGGAUCUCUAUACUUCUUCCGUUAUUGAUUCUGUACAAUAAUCCGUUAUUUCCCAUGACGUUCUUGGUGAACUCCUGGGUACCCGGUAUGCUAGACGCGAUUCUACAAACGACUUUUCUUUGUGCCAUUCUCAUGUUCUGGCUCUGCGUCUAUCACGGCCUCAGACAGAAUGAGAGACGGCUAAUCACGUUUUACUUGCCCAAACUCUUGGUAGUAGGCAUGUUAUGGGGUGCAGCGCUGACACUUGCCACGUGGCUUCGUUGCACCGAGCUGGAGGACCCCACUUACAAUUACGUUCUCGAUACAUCGAAUUACUACGGCUUCAAGGUAUUCUUCUUCACAGUCGGUGGCUUCUACAUCGCAUACUUGCUGCUUCUUAUAUUGAAAGCAUACAGCGAAUUACGGUCUAUGCCAUACUUUGAUCUUCGUCUACGAUUCUUGACACUACUUGCCGCGGUGGUGGCCGGCGUCUGCAGUUUGGUCACCGCCCGUCAAUUCGGAGCCGGUGUAUUAGAGGACAGUUUCGCCUCUCGCCUCUCCACUUAUUAUCGCACAUCCGCGCAAUUCAUGGCCCUUUAUGGUCUUCUCAAUUUUUAUUUGUACACCAUGGCGUACGUUUACGCGCCCGCACUCCAGCAGGUCUACGGACAGCACUCAUCGAUAACGAAAGAUAAUCCUGCGUUCUCGAUGUUCAACGAUUCGGAGGAGGAAGUUAUAUACGGAUCGGACGAGGACAGUCGGCGACCACUGACUCGCGUUCCGCGUAAUACAGAAGACAGUGACUAAGGACCUUAAAAAAGAAUUUAGUAACCCUCUACGCUAAGCGUAUGGUAGAUUUGUUAAACGAAGAUAUAAUGAGAGAAGCAACAAAAGUUUCUGAUUCGAUGAAUAUUUCUAGUCUGAUUCGCAGUCGUACUGCCGUCAUUAAAAACUGCAAAAAUGAAAAAAAAAAAAAACAAACUGAAGUUGUGCAUAGGUAAUUUGUUAAAUAAACAAAUAUUAAUUUUAAACUAGGAUCUGUCACGUUUAUGCAGUAUUCAAGAAAAAUGCAUAUUGUAUAUAAACUACAUAUGCUAAUAUGAAUUUAUGUCGUGUAUAAAAAUAAAACGUAAGAAUUGACGGAAAGAGAAUAGGAAUAGGGGACGGAAUGAUGAACGGAUAAAGAAAAAAACAUAAAAAAAAGAAUUUAGAAAAUUUUUUAAAUGAUGCUGAUUUUAAGAAUUGUAAACUAUUUGUAAAAAAAAUUCCUUUCAAUUUUUUUCUUGAUUUAUGUAUUUUUAUAUAACGAAAUUAGAGAGGCGAAGCAUCCGGCAUCUUCUUUAUUUUUUUGCAGAUAAAUAAGAUGACAGAUAUUUUAAUUUGUGAUUUGCGAUAUUGAAUUUUUAUAUGCAUUUAUUUAUUCAUAAUUUUCUAAAACUGUAUUCUAAAAUUCUAUUCAAUAUUUUGAUUAUCAUCUACGAUGACAUUUUUCACCGUAGAAUCAAGAUAUUUUUUUCGCAAUUAGAUUUACGGUGUAAGAUAUAACGUUCAUUAAAAAAGAAUAAUAAACAUUGAUAAGAGCCAAACUCUAUUAUAUUACGUUAUAUAUUCCUAAGAUAUUACCAUAGUUUUUAUACGAGAUGUAAUUAACUAUUUGGUAUGGCAAGAAAGUUUAAUACAAAUAAUAGAUAUAGCAUCUCUGUAUAGUAUAUUAUUAUAUAAUAAAACGUUAUUAUUAUUAUUAUUAUUAUUAAUACACGAAAAAUGUAUAUGUAAGAAUACACCGAUGUAAUCGCGUGUUUUAUACUUGAAAAUCUGUUACAUUUUUGAAAAAAUUUAUUCAAGACGAUUUUAAGAAUUUGCAAUAUGUAUUACAAUUACGAUUAUGCUUUUCUCAACAGUGUUAAUUUAUAAUGAUUGCUUAUCGAUUCUCAUAAUUAUUCUCUUUUCGAUAAACUUUAUGAUAAAACUUUGGAAAUCUAUCUAUGUAAACAGAAAUUUAUUUAACAAAAACCUGCGUUAAUGAUUAUAGUUUCUUAUCACAGUUUAUGUGCUGUAACACAUACGACGCUUGCUAUGUAUCUAAUAAAAAAAAAAUCAUACGAAUCUCUAGAAUAUUUAUUGUCACCAAACUAAUUAGUUUGCGUUUGUAACAUUUAAUUCAAUACUCUAUCUUUGUAUAUUUUAUUUGUCCCCGUCUGAUUCCGCGAUCGCUAUUCCUUAUCUAGUUUCAUAUCGUGUAUCAAAUAAAAAUUCAAAGUUUGACAAAGAUAGGAUAAAAAAAAAAACGAGAAAGCGAAUUCUUUAAGAUUUAUAAAUCAUAAAAUUCUCGCAUGAAUUAUUUCGAAGAAACAAUUUCUGUAUCAUUCUAUAGCGUUUCAAAUUCUACAAUUAAAUUUAAUAAAUUUUAAGUAUAUAUAACAGUAUUAUAUAAGUAAUUAUAGGUUACUAUAAUUAUAUUUAUAUUACAUUAUAAUUAUGUAUUAUAAUUGGAAUAACUACAAUAUGAGAUGCUUACUUUAGAUCUUAAAUUAAAAAUUUUAGACGUUAAAAAGAUUACGAGACGCAGGGAAGUAGAAAAGAGUCAAUUUUGCCAUUCAAUGUAUGGUUUUAUAUCAUAAUGUUAUUACAGAAAUGGUAUUUCAUAAUAAUUAAAAGUAAUAGUAGUUUAUUGGUGAAUCACUCGCGCGGGUGCGUCGGCGGAUUGAUCAUUAUCGCGUGAUCAUCAUCGCUUUUAUAUAUCAAUCGACGCGCGCGCACACAUUUUUUUUUUUCUUUUGUUCAAUUACAUUUUCUUUUUGCAUCAAAUCUUCCCUUUUUUUCAUCAUUAUUAUUAUUAUCAUCAUACAUAAUGGAAAAAAAUGUUACAUUUGUACAGCCAUCAUAUACAUGUUACAUUUAGAAUACCGUUAAUCCAUUAUCCACUUUUUUUUGUCUCGUUAAAUGUGUGUAUAGAGAAAGAGAGAAAGAGAGAGAGUAUCAAGUGUUCCUUUUUUUUUCUCUCGGUGUGUGUAUGUGUGUCUGUGUAUACGUGUAUCUUGACGUGUAAAUAUAUGCCUAUUUAAUGAGAAUGAAAUGCUAUUUAGUCUCAACACAAACUACCAGCACGGCUCUCUGCAUCGUAUAAUCGAUCACUAGGAGGUGGAUUUCUGGAGGAAUUCGUGCGCGGAGAAUUCACAAGAAUUCGAAAAUUAUACUUUUACGUCGGAUUUAUAUAUAUUAUAUAUCGAAUUUUAUAUAUAUAUAUAUAUGUCGAAAAUGAAGAAAGACAAAUAUGAAAUACUUCACGCGUGUACGUAACGCACAUAUACAUAGACUACAAUCUCAGCCUCCUGUAACAAUGUAGAUCGCCCUACGUGCAAUUUGUAUUAAAUCUAGAGAGUGUGACGAAGGGAGAGAGAGAGAUAUAUAGAGAUGACAAUAAAUAAGAUCUAAAAGUAGAUAGUAGUAUUUUUCGCUGCGUAUAAAAAAAAGACAAAACUCAAGCAAGACGAAAGCAAUACAUGUGUGUAAUUAUUUGUAUAUAUAAACGAUUAAUCAAUACAAUAAUCACUGCAUCUACUUAGUCGUAAUACGUAGCCGUUUGCAGCACGAGAACAAAUCUUAUUUAUCACUCUACUCAAAUAUGUAUAACCUUCCUUAAUUGAUUAUUUAUAACUUUAUUUACUUCAUUAUUUCAAUGCGCGGCGGACCGCUACCGAGACAAUUCUAAGAUAAUAACUCGAUAGAUCUCUAAUCCUCAGUGUAUACGUGUGUAUGUGUGUCUAUGUGUGUGUGUGUGUGUAUGUGUAUAUAAAAUGCAAUUACAUUGUCUCGCGGCUUUUCUUUAUAAUCGAGAGAUGAAGAGAGGGAGAGAGAAAAUUAAACUAAAUAUUAAUUAAAGUAGACAGGGGCGGAAAACAGUGUGCAAUCGUCUCCCAUAAUAGAUAAUUAAUAAAAUCAAAAUGCAAAUACACGAUAAAAUAAUAAAGUCGAGAAAAUAAUCGUAAAACGAAAUCAACGAGAUUGGUUUACAAAUAGAUCUCAACGGUUCAAGGCAACGAGCGCGAUAAAUUCGCCGGCUGCGAUCAGAAAUUAAUAUGUGAAAUCUCUAUAAUUGUGCAAACAAAAUUAAUCAAAUUACUCCCGAAACUAAUCGAAACACUAGUUUUUCUUUGCUAGUAAAAUGUUACAAUUAUUAUAGUUUAUUAUCCAGAUAUUAAACCACAUUUCGAGAGAAAUCUUAUCGCCUUAAAACGCGUUUUUUUAAAUGUACGAAUUAAAAGCACAUCCAUUAAAAUUUAAUUUUUUAUUUCGACUGAGUAAGCUUCCUGAGUAAAAUUCACGUCGUGAUAUUAUGCAAUAAAAUUUUGGCCGUUAAUUGUAAUUUUCUUCAGAUUUAAUUGUACUUUACAACUGCGUUUCUCAAAAAUUGAAAUCUGUAUUAUAUUUGCUUAUCAUUUUUAUACAAGAGCUACGAUAUCCUGAUAUUGCAACUUGUUGUAAUAAACAUUAAUGUAACUAUUUUCAAAUCGACAGUAACGUUAGUUUAUACAGAUUUAACGGAAUAAUUAUAUAUCGACAAUACUUGAAGUGAUUUUAAGUGAUACUCGUAAAUUGUACUCCAAGUAGAUGUUUUUCUAUUUCUUUUUAAUUUUAUACACAUACUCGAUGAUAUAAACAGACUACAAUUACAAUUAUAAAGAUGACAAAUGAUUAUUUAUAUGCGCCCUUCCUAUAUCGCGCUGUCGCCGCGAACCGUUGUAACGACAGAGAGUGAAAUAAAGAUUGUGAAAUAUAAAUCGGAACAAAGACGGAGCGAGGAACAAAACCGAAGAAACGCGUUUAAAUAUCUCGAAACACAUUUCCAGAUUUAUUCCAAGAUUUAGCCAGCGCGUAAUCGGUCGAGUCUUAUCGUCGAAUAUUUUCGUCAAACGAAUCACUAUGAGUCUCUUUUCCCUUUAUUACGACAAUUGUAUAUGCAGUUUAUCGUGUCUUACGUAAAGUGGCGGAAUAUAAUAAAGACUUUGUCCACACUAUUUAACUCCUUUAUAAGAUUGCCUCCGAAAAAUGCUCCCUCGUUAUUUCGCUUCCUCUUUUUUUUUUUUUUUCGCUUAAAUAAUACAAUGACAUUUUUCUCUUUUUUAUCUACUUGCACUGUUCUGCCUGUUUGUAAAAAACAUUGUCGAAAAUGAUCCUUUUUUUUUUUCUUCAAUGGCUAUUUCAUCGUCUCUACGUUCUAUACACUAAUAUACAAGUUAUGUAAUUUUGCCUUUCUUGUAAUCCGUAUGCCUGUCCGUCUCACUUAUCUAAUUAUCCGCUAAUAUGGAAUACACCUCUCGCGGCUGUUUUUCUUUUCCUUUUAUUUCCCUCUGCAUCUAUCGCGUGUGUCUCAGACAGCGCACCACUGGCUCGUAUAUUUAUCGCGCAGCUUACACGAAUAUUUUUGGGCGAAAUAACGAUUCCUUCGUUAUAAUAAAAAAUUUAGCGCAUUGUGUGCCGAGAUCUGUAUCGUUAAUCGAUUAACAGUGACGUAUUCAAUUGGCGAUACGUCCAUUCGCAAGUUUUUACAAUUUCGACGUAUGUUUCAAAGAUAUUUUUUUUCCCCGAGGAACUUCUCGUUUCUUCGCGGGAUAAUGUUGCGUUCGUGCGCAUUAUAGGAGCCAGUGACGGAUACGAACAGCGUUACGCAUACAUAUAUGACAUAUAUCAGACAAAUAUAUACGAGAUAUUUAUAUAUAUAUUUAAUAUAUACGUUUGGUAUAUAUACGAAAUAUAUAUAUACUUAAUUAGCCCUGCGAUUCCGUAUUGUUGUGUACUUGUGUUAUUCGCGUGUGUUAAAGCACGUGUUGUCGGUGGAGGUGGCGGAGGCGGUGAAAGAGGAGCAUGACUUAUGUGAAAUGAUGAGAAUAGCGCGCUACUGUACAUCAGUCUUAAUAUCAGGGCGCACCAUUCCCGUUGAUGUUCGCUUGCUUAUCCCUCUUUGCAAUUUUACAAUAUCGUCGGUCUCAAAAUAAAAAAAAAAAAA